GCGGGUGGCUGGGACCGUUAGCUCGCCAGGCUGGCAGGCCCGGCCUUACUUCACCAGCGGCCGGGAUGGAGACCAUGCGAGCGCAACGGCUGCAGCCUGGAGUGGGCACCAGCGGAAGGGGAACUCUUCGAGCGCUGCGGCCCGGGGUAACUGGGGCCGCGGCCACCGCUGCCACACCCCCCGUGGGCCCCCCGCCGGCUCCGCCGCCCCCCGCGCCGCCCCCGCCGCCGCUGCUCCUGUCGGGGGCCCCAGGGCUGCCCUUGCCUCCCGGCGCCGCGGGCAGCCCUGUGGUGCUGCGGGAGGCGGUGGAGGCCGUGGUGAGGAGCUUCGCCAAGCACACGCAGGGCUACGGCCGAGUGAAUGUGGUGGAAGCACUUCAGGAAUUCUGGCAGAUGAAGCAGUCCCGUGGGGCUGACUUGAAGAAUGGGGCUCUAGUGGUUUAUGAGAUGGUUCCCUCCAAUAGUCCUCCAUAUGUCUGCUAUGUCACCCUGCCUGGAGGAAGUUGCUUUGGGAGUUUCCAGUUUUGCCCCACAAAAGCUGAGGCCCGGAGAAGUGCUGCAAAGAUUGCAUUGAUGAACUCUGUGUUCAAUGAACAUCCUUCCCGAAGAAUCACUGAUGAGUUCAUUGAGAAGAGUGUCUCUGAGGCCCUAGCAUCUUUCAAUGGCAACAGGGAGGAAGCUGACAACCCAAAUACAGGGAUUGGUGCCUUCCGAUUUAUGUUGGAAUCCAACAAGGGCAAGUCAAUGUUGGAGUUCCAGGAGCUAAUGACAGUUUUUCAACUGCUGCACUGGAAUGGCAGCCUUAAGGCUAUGAGGGAAAGACAGUGCUCUCGGCAGGAGGUGUUGGCUCAUUAUUCACACCGAGCUCUGGAUGAUGAUAUUCGCCACCAAAUGGCCUUGGACUGGGUGAGCCGGGAGCAGAGUGUGCCUGGAGCACUGUCUAGAGAGCUGGCCUCCACUGAACGGGAGCUGGAUGAAGCCCGGCUGGCAGGCAAGGAGCUACGCUUCCACAAGGAGAAGAAAGAUAUUCUCAUGCUGGCUGCUGGGCAGUUGGGCAAUAUGCAUUCUUCCAACUGCUAGGCAUAUACCCUCACAUUCCCCGUCUUCUUCAGAUCUUUUUUAUAUGUCUCCUUUUUAAGACUUAGGAUGAUUUCUGUAUAUACUUUCUCAAUUUUGUACUUUAAAUAUAUAUAUAU